AUGGACACUGCGCGCAUAGAACAUCGCGGGACGACAGCCCAUAUGGCACCGCAAUUCAUGCAAAGCUUGCUUUCGGAGAAGCCCCGAAACGAAGUUCACGAGAAGCUGUGGUCAGAUCUUAUGGAGGAAGGAGCUCAUAUAAUCAUGGAAGGCGUGGAGCCUAUGCCCUUUUUGUUAGAUGAAAGUGCUCAACAUAACGUCUUGGUAUUGCCCGGAAAGGUGGUGAAGGAUAUCGAGCGUCGUCGGAGCAUAGUCCGCGAUGCUGUGUUAACCUUUGAAUUCAACCUCCACAUCCCCAACCCUUUUCCCGACCACCCUCCGCCGCCGUAUGAUGAAGUGAUUGACGAUCUGCCUCCCGAGUACUCCGAGGCCGCGCCGCUAGCUCAGCAGAAAUGCCUGGCCCAAGACGUGGACUUGGAGGAAAAGAGCGAUUCGAGAAACAAGUCGUCGCAUCAAACUAUCGACUUCGAGAGCCCUAUCGGCAUUAGGGAGUAUAAAGGCAAGAAGAAAAAGGGAGGGGGCGCGAAGAAUAACCCGCCCCCCCCUGCGAAUGAUCCGCCUCCGCCGCCACCACCCGAAGAAAAAAAGGAUCCACCGGACGAAGGUGCCGGUGAUGCAGGAGGUUCCGGAGAUGGAAAUGAUGACGACGGUGAUAACGGUGGUGACGGUGGAGACGAGGAUGACGGCUGGGGUGAUGUUUGGGGCACAACAACUACAAAGAAGAAGAAGAAGCAGAAACAGAAAGAAGAGGAGGAAAGGCUAAAGAAAGAGGAGGAAGAACGGCUGGCUAAAGAAGAGGAAGAGCGUAAAGCUCAAGAAGAGGCGGAACAAAAAGCCGCAGAAGAGGCCGCAUCAGCCCAAGAUGCAGCACUCAGCUGGGCGGACGACGCUGAUGCGAACAACGACGACUCAUGGGCUGGAGUUGGUGGAAAGAAGAAGAAAAAGAAGGGCAAGUUGGAACCAGGCGGGCCGGAGCCGCCGUCGAAUUCCUUUCAAGACGUGAGUCUGAACGAUGGAGCCCCUCAGCUCGAUUUGAACUUCGACUCGCAAAAAUCAACCGGAUUCGGUUUUGGUGCUUGGGGUGGUGGUGGUGGUGGUGGUGGUGGUGGUGGUGUUGGUGGUGGCAGCAAAUGGGGUAUCGACAUUCCAGGUGCAGCUACAGGAAAAAACACGAACCCAUGGGGCGGUGGGUUCAAAUCAGAUCCCUUGAACACGUCUAUGGGAUUUGGUUUUGGGGGAGGCUUUGAUCCUACACCAGCUACAGCGAAUGGCGACUCCAAGGAUACCAAUAAUGAUGAUGGCUGGGGGGGAUGGAAUAUAUCGUCCAAGAAAAACGAACAGAAAAAAGUGGCAGAAGAGCCUAUUCCAGAAGAGCCACCCAAGGCCCCUGAGCCUCCGCCUGCUGAUGAUUGGCUAGGCGGUUUUGCUACUACCAAGAAGAGCAAAAAGGCUAAGAAGAAGGAAGAGGAGGAGAGGAAGAAGCGAGAGGAGGAGGAGAGGAAGCGCCAAGCAGAGGAGGAAGAGAAGCGUCAGCAAGAGGAAGAAGAGAGGAAGAGACUAGAAGAGGAAGAACGACUAAGGCAAGAGGAAGAGGAACGAUUAGCGAAAGAGGAGGAAGAGCGGAAAGCAAGGGAGGAAGAGGAACGUAAAGCUAAAGAAGAAGCGGAGAAGAAUGAUGGCUGGGGUUCAGGCUGGGGCUUUGCCACCGCUACUGACAAAAAGAAAAAGAAGAAGGGCAAGGCUGCACUGAUACCAGAGCCAGCCCCAGAGCCACCUCGUGAGCCUACGCCCCCUCCAGCCGAGCCUGAACCUGAACCAGAGCCAGAACCCGAGCCUCAGCCGGAGUCGGAACCAGAAGAGUGGAAACCUGAUUUUCCAGACGAUCCUCUGUAUGACAAUUGGUUGAAUCUUUCCUCUAAAGAAAGAAAGAAACGCGAGAGAGCGUUGACUAAGAAAAACCUCCCCCUGCCUGGGCGCGAUUUUCCUCUUGAGCCUCCACCCAAAGCGAAGCCUGAUCCGGCGCCUGAGUUGGAGCCUGAACCAGUGCCUGAACCCGAACCAGAACCGAGCCCAGAGGAAGCUCCUGCUGACCUAGAUCCAGUCCUAGACGAGAACAACCAACUGGUCGAGAUAGUCCAUGAGCAGCCGGAAGAUGAGCCAGUGGAUGAUGGCUGGGGCAGCAUUUGGGGCUCUUCAAAAGAUAAGAAGAAGUCAAAGAAGAACAGAAUCGCCGCAGAGCCUCCGCCCCCUGCGCCCACACCUCCUUCCCUAGGGCUCGAGCGGGAAUUUACCAGGGACUCCGAGCUCGAGAGAGAAGACCCUAUUUGGGACGAUUAUGACGGCAAGCCCGUAAAGUCGAAGAAGGAGGAGACCCCUGUUAAAGCCGCCAAAGGAUUCUGGGCCAGCUUGGGAGCAGCUACUAUGGGAAGCAGUAAACCAAAGGCCAGCAAGAAGAAAUCCGAGGAGAAGCCCAGAGAACCUGACCCGGUAGGAGAAAUAAACGCUGCUGAACCUGACCUGAUUGAUAUUGGCGACCAACCAGCGGACAUCCCACCGGAAGCGCCCGAGGCGCCAAUCGCGCCUGACGCACAUCAGCCACCCGCGCCAGCCGCGCUGCCAGCUAAGACCUCCAAGACCAAAACGUCAGCAAGGCUCUCCGUCGCGGAGCGCAUCAGCGCUCUGGAAAAAGCCAAGAAAGAGAGGCUAAAAGAGAAAGCUGCGUUGGAAAAACUUAAAUCAAAAGAGAAGGAAGCAUCUCCGCCUCAGCCAGAACCUGCGAAGUCACCCUCGAAGGAGCACUUAGUGGAGGUCGAGCCCGAACCUACCAAGACGGAGCGCUCGCAUGACUCGGUGCCUGGCAGUUUCCCCGACUUUGAUGACCCCCCACCAGAGCCUGAACCCGCAGCGGAGCCAGAGCCCGAACCCGAACCCGAACCAGUGCCAGAGCCCGAACCUGAACCUAAGCCGGAACCAGUUUCCUCGAAGAAGUUGAAGAAGAAGGACAAAAAGAAAGGCAAGCUUGUAGAACCAGAGCAUGAAAAGAAGAAGGCGAAGGAUCCAGACCCCGAACCUGAGCCCGAGCCAGAACUAGCGCCGAAAUCCGAGCAAGAACCCAGGCCAGAAGCUGGAGCUGAAGCUGAACCGGCCCCUGGGCCAGAGCCAGAACCAGAACCAGAGGUUGCGCCGGAGCCGGAGUCAGAACCGAUUACACUCACAAAGUCCGAAAGGAAGAAGUUAAAGAAGUUAAAGAAGGCUGUACCUGAGUUGAAGCCCAUGCCGGAAGCGGACCCUGAGCCAGAGCCAAAGCCAGAGCCAGAGCUGGAAACUCCAGCAGAACCUGAUGCAUCACCCGAAGGAGGUGAGAAGGCCCUAGACGUAGAGACUGAACCAGCGCCUGCUCCAAAGCCUGAGAAGAUGGCCAAGAAGAGCAAAAAGAGCUCGAAAAAGCCAGUGCCGCCACAAGAACCUCUCACCGCUGAAGAUAUGAUGGCUAGCGGCGCCUUAGAACCGGACGAUGGUAACCCUAAGACACCCGAGAAGCCUGUCAAGAAGGAACGUACUCGUGUAGAGCGCACACCUGCUACCACUUGGGGCUUCUGGGGUGCCACGCCUCCUAAGAAGUCACAGACAAGGGAUGCCAGGCCCAGCAAGAAGGAAGCAGCGCCAGCCAUUGUGAGGUCUAAGUCGAGUAAGCAGUCAAGGGCGAGGGAAUCUGAGAACGAAGCAGAGAGAUCUUCGGCAUCCGACAAGGACAGACGGCGAGAAGUUAGGGCUAGUCGCGGCAUGGCGUUCUCAAACUUCAUACUUGGCACACCUCCACAGCCUUCUCGCACCAAUUCUGCCAGAAAGUCUGCUGCUCACGCUGCCAAGCGGUCAUCUAAACAACAGUCGGUCGAAAUAGAUGCGAGCGGGCAUCUGGAUGAUGUUGCGCCGGAUAAAGUGGCGAAGAUGAUGGGCGUUAAGGAAUCAAGGUCCCAGCAUGAAAGGCAUAGGGAGCGGAGAAAGUCUCGUGCUCUCGACCCAUACGCCCUUGACGAGGAAGAUUUAGUCGUGGUAAAUAGAGAAGACGUCGACCAACCCUCGAAGGAAGGCUCAAGGCAUUCUGGCUCCAGGCGAUCUGGACGAGACUCAGCGCGACGGUCGAGAUCUAACCCCGAAGAGCUUCGCGAGGAUGAAAGAGGCCCAGAAGUAUUCUCCGGCCCGGAUGACAUCGCGUUUGUAAAAGCUUCACAAUCAAGAGAAAGAGAACGUCGUGUGAAGCGAUCAAGCACCGUGCCCAAGAGACCAGAGCCUACCGGUUUAAUGGGCUUGCUUGGGUCUUUCCGACGAAGCACCAAGGCAGAACCUCCGGCCCCAGAGCGUCGCAAGUCUCGAUCCCGCCGUGAUGACGACAGCAGAUACGCAACUGAGACGGAACGUGACGAAGCUCGACGCCGGCGCGAUGAACGACGGAAACGCUCUACGCGCCCAGCCUCGGACGGCGAGGGAUUUGGCCUUGGCCCCGACCCUGCUGUCGUCGGCGCAUUUCCUGACACCGAGGUCGAGGAUGCGGAGGCUCGACGAACUGCACGCAGAGCACGGCGUGCGUCACGCCAGGCUCCGCAGGCUGCAGCUGACGAGCUACGUGAGGCUGAGCGUCGCGAAGGCGAGGAGAGACGGGCACGUCGAAGAGAAGAACGAGCUCGUCGAGAAGAACGAGCCCGCGAGCGCGAAGAACAAGAACGGCAGCUUCGGGAAGAAGAAGAGCGGCGCCGCGAGGAGAGGCGCGCACGAAGAGCCGCUCGGGAGGAGCGCAUUCGUAGGGAAGAACAAGAAGCACGGGAGGAAGAAGCUCGCUUAGCAGCGGAACGACGAGAACGCAGACGCCAGCAGGAGCGAGAGCGGGAAGCAGAGAUGCACGAUUACCCCGGUUACGGCUACGAAAGGCAGCGACGGCACCGUUCCCGCGUUGACGAUAGGGAUCCAAGAGAUUUCUACCUCGAUAGCCACGAGCCCGAAGGCGAACGUGAGCGAAUCCGGUUUAUCCAUCGGUACAAAGAUGACCGUGACCGCGAUCGUGAAGCCGACAGAUCCAGCCGCAGCCGCCGAAAAUCCCGCGCAGCUGAUCCCACAAAACCAACCCCAAUGCCGCUCGGCGCACGCAAAGACAAGACUUCCUCUUGGGUAGACUCGCAAGCCGAUGAACCGCCCGAGCCGCCUCCCAUUGUGCCCACCGUGCUCGACAUGCCGCCAGGUCCGGACGAGCCAAUACCAGGCCACACCAUGUCGUCAGAUGAAGAGGCGCGUCGGGAGUUGAGGAAGCAGUCGAGGCGACGAAGCAAGUAUCCUGGCCUGACUGACCAGGAAAUAGAAGAGAUACGGGCCAGGAGGCGUGAGGCGAGGCGGGCGGAAAGGGAACGCGAGAGGGAACAUGGGAAGACGAGCUCGAGUGGGGAUUAUGAGCGAGACAGAGGGAUGAGGUACGACCGUGAUCGUUCGUACGGUGAACCGCCAAAGAGGCCAAGUUGGUUGAAGAAGCUCACGACUUUUGGAUGA